AUGAGCAUACGAAGUAGUGAACAAAUAUACUGGAACCAAAAAAUUAAGCCACUUACUAAAUAUGAACUUAAUGAGUUACUCGAUUGGUUGAAAGACCAUAAGAUCACAUUUCAAAAACUAAAUCGGGAUUUCUCGGACUCCGUACUGAUGGCCAUUUUACUCAAACAAAUUAUACCAAAAAAAAUUGAUGUUCAUAACUAUUCAAAAUGCAACGGGGUCAAAUCAAAGUUAUACAAUUGGAAAACGAUGAAUACCAAAGUAUUUACCAAAAUACAAAUGACACUAAGUAAUGUACUAAUGGAAAAAUUGGCGAAAUCUGUGCCAGGCGUUAUUGAAAUUCUUCUUACCCAGGUUAUGCUGUUUGAGCGAGGAAAGCUAGCAAACAAAAUAAAGUCGGCUUGCGGAGAUAUGAAUUGGAACGAAGAUAAGGAUGUCAUUAUCGUUAGUGUUAACAAGAAGAUUGGUAAAACUAUCACUCAAGUGCCGCAGAAAAUGAUUCGAUAUGCUCUCUUUGAAGAAGCUAAAGAUUAUUUAACUGCUAACAGAAAGAUUUUGAAAAUUGCUCACAAUAAGAUUGCACGUAUAGAGAAAAUGUUGGAAUUAAGAAAUAAACGCAUCGAUGAUCUUAUCAAAGAAAUCCAUUUAAUGUCUAAUCAUGAAGAGAACAUCUGA